AUGAGGGAUCUCAUUGGGAACGCGCCGACGAGGGAGAAGAUGUCUGCUGGUGCUCCUUAUUCUUGGAUCCAAAGGAACUUCAAGAAGUGCCCCGAGGGCGCCGAGGACGAGGUGGUUGAGAUGUAUGAUCGGGCGUACUUGUGGUAUGUUGUGAGUAGGGUUCUUUUCUCAGACGGCACUGGAUCGAAUGCCUCCUUCAUGUGGCUCCAGCUAUUUGCGGGUUGGGAACAUAAUCUCAGUUGGGGAACAGUUGCACUCGCUUACUUAUACCGACAGUUGGACGACGCGUGUUGCAAAACAGGAAAAGGAGUAAGUAUUGGUGGUUGUAUGCUUCUAUUGUCCAUAUGGUCGUGGUUGCGCUUGCCAGUUGGCCGUCCCAUUGAGAUGCGCCGAAAUGAUUGGAAUGAUCAUAGAGACCCUUUACGUUUUCCUACCGCGGCGUACAUAUGGGACAAUACUGAACCUUUCCAUGGUGAAUCUAAGGAAUGCUACAUGAGGUACAUCAGCCAACUCGACACUCUUACCCCGGAGAAGGUUGGACAAAAUAAGGCAGAAGAAGGAGAAGAAUUGGCUCUGGUCCAAAUACGGUUGAAAUCUCCCCGCCCAGGUAGCCUUCAUCGCUUCAAUUGA